AUGUCCCUGGAGGAUGAGUUCAUUUUAACCCUGGAGGACAGCAGAGCUUUGCCCCGCAACGUCUCCAAGGCGCUGUGGGACUCCGGCGCGGAGCAGCACCAGUACGCGGUCUGGCUGCCCGGCAUCGGGAUCGCUGCCGUCUACGGGAUCAUCAUCGCCGUGGGUCUGGUCGGGAAUGUCACUCUGAUGAAGACGUGUCUCCUGGUGAAGUCCAUGCGCACCGUGCCCAACCUGUUCCUGUCCAGCCUGGCUCUGGGGGACCUGCUGCUGCUGGUGACCUGCGCCCCGGUGGACGCCAGCCGGUACCUGGUGGACGAGUGGCUGUUCGGGCGCGUCGGCUGCAAGCUGAUCCCUUUCAUCCAGCUCACCUCCGUCGGAGUCUCCGUGUUCACCCUGACUGCGCUCGCUGCUGACCGGUACAAAGCUAUCGUCAGACCGCUGGACAUCAACAGGUCAAAGGCAACACUUGGCAUCGGCCUGCGUGCGGGGACGAUCUGGCUGCUCUCCAUCACUCUGGCCGUUCCCGAGGCCGUCUUCUCCGACCUGCACACCUUCACCACCAGCUACACCAACGAGACGUUCGUGACGUGCGCCCCCUACCCCCACGCUGGGGAGCUGCAUCCGAAGAUCCACUCCACCGCCUCCUUCCUGAUCUUCUACAUCAUCCCCUUGCUCGUCAUUUCUGUUUACUACUUCUUCAUCGCUCGCAGCCUGGUCAGGAGCUCGGCGGACUUCUCUGCAGAGGGACACCCGCAUCUUCAGAAACAGAUCAAGUCCAGGAAGCGUCUGGCCAAAACCGUGCUGGUGUUUGUCGGCUUGUUUGCGCUCUGCUGGCUCCCCAGCCACGUCCUCUACCUGUACCGCUCCUACCACUACGACCAGGUGGACACGUCCCUGGCCCACUUCAUCGUCAGUGUGUGCGCUCGCAUCUUGGCCUUCACCAACUCCUGCGUCAACCCGUUUGCCCUGUACCUGAUGAGCAAGAGCUUCAGCAAGCACUUCAGGAACCAGCUGCUGUGCUGCAGAUCCCCCAGACGGCUGAACGGCCAAAACAGCGCCAACACAAACAUGACGUCCGUCUAAAGAAAUCCUGCCUCACCCAAACACAACGUGGGCUUCACAAGGGCUCUGCUACAUUGGAUCACAUUGGACAUUUCUGCAACCUGUUCUUAGUUUAGUGGAACAGAAGAGUGAUGGGGAUGUAAAGCUCAUUUUAGGUGAUGAUUGGUAAUCUACAGAUUAUGAUGGGAAUGGACCAUUUUUGUUUGGUAACCAUUCUCUACAUGUUAAAUAUAAAAUCGUAUCUAACAUCGUAGUUUGUAACAAUCGUGGUUUCAUGGGAGAUUUAAAUUAUCUAAACUCCAAUGCAUUGCUCAAACAGUGUUAAAACAGUAUGUAGUGAUCAUGUAAAAAAGCUUAAAGUGCAUUUUUCAGCUCCUGCCUUGUUGGAGCCUGAAUGUAAAUAUUCUGCUAUUCUGAACCCUUUCCUCCUCAAGAUUCAUGGCCGCUCACAGUUUGCACGUCCCAAAGACUGCGCAUAUAUCCAUCACUCCAAGGAUGAUCUUUGCUAAACUGCUCAUAUUUAGGGGACGAUAAUCACAAAAUGAUCUAUAUUUUCCAAAUGUGGGUGAUGGAGUUGAUGAUUUAUGCUGGGAAAAUUUGCAGGGGAGGUUCAAACAACUUUGGGAUGAGAUCUUUUUAUUUUAUAUAUAUUUAAAUGUUUGCAGUUACUUAGAAAAAUCUCAAUUAAAAACAAGAAUAAAAACAGUAUAUGUCUUUCUUCCUUGCAACUGAGAUGUAGUAUUCAUGACUAUAUGUUCUGUAUUUUAAAGCUGACCAUUCUGGACCAAUAUUGUGUGGCGGUAUAUGAUGUUGUUGUUGGCGUUGCUUCUGUACAUAUAGUGUAUAAAUCUUCUGAAUAAUUUGUCAUUUCUGCAUUCGAUGUUUAAAAUAACACAUAUUAAUAAUUUUUCAUUUGAUGUGAAA